UGUCAGUUUCAGGAAGUUUUUAUAAUAUUAUAUCUUAUAUAUUUUAGGUUAGGUUAUUUUGUCAAAUAGUGUGAAAUACAGUUUUAAAUUUAAUUAAUAGAAAAUCUUUUAAUGAGAAUAAAUUGAAUUAAAAACGAAGACGAUAAUAAACAUCAUACUCGAAGAAAAAUAAUAAAUAUAAACAUAUAAAGAAAUAAACAUAACUGGUAACGAAAACCAGUAAAAGAAUCGAAUCAUUCAAUUACUAUGGAUGAUUUAGCGCAAAAAUUAAUUUCUGGAACAUACGAAGAAUUUUCUAAAGAUACUCUUCAAGUAUUUAUCAACAAUUAUGAGGACAAAACUAAAAUUGAAAGAAUAUGCAAUAGUCAAUUAAGAGAACAAAUCUGGGAGAAAUUAUAUCAAUAUCUAUCUAAAUCUGAGUAUGCAUCUAUGCAUCUUAAUUGUUUAGCUGCAUUACGUAUACUUAGCCGAGAUAAAACUGAUUUAGAUAAAAUUGUUACUGCAGAGAUGGUAACGUUAUUAUUACGAUUAGCAGAACUUGACUGUAAGAAAAAUGAACAACAGAUCCCAUCUACGAAUGUUUCUGUAGAAUCUGCGAAAGUACUAUGUAACUUAUUAUAUCAUAGUUUUAAAGUGCGAGAAUUAGUAAGAGAAAAAAAUUGUUUAGAAAAUCUGAUUAAUCGCAUUAAUAAAUAUACUGCCAAUUCGUCCUAUGAAAUGAAAUUGUUCGACAUUAAAAUGUUAUUUAUAAUUACUGCGUUAAAUACAACUACAAGAAAUACUGUGAAAGAGUUAAAUGGAGAUUCAUAUUUACUUAAUAUAUUAGAUGAAUUAUUGGAAAAACAUAAAUCUAAUGUAUCUAUGUCAUUUUCUAUCAAGAAUGAUGAUGUAAUGUUAAUUUGUGAUAUUUUAAAAGUUUUAUUUAACUUAUAUAUACAUUCUGAGGACACUGUGAUAGAAGAACAAGAAAAAAAUCAAAAAUUAACAACAUGUUUAUAUAAAUUUUUAUAUAAUAAAAAUUGGUCGCAGUAUAACGAUCUCGUGAGCAAUGUUAUAAAUUUAUUAACUACUGUACCACUGAACAAUUAUAUACAAAUGAUGCAGUCCAACGAAAACAAUGAAAACAAUACUAUAUAUCAGAAUACUGAUGUUACAACGGUAUCUAUUAUAUUGGAAUUUUUAGAUCAGAGAUUAAAUUAUACAGAAAAUCUAUUAGAAAAUAUCUCUCCAGUCGUCACUGUUCUUAUUAGGCUCAUAAAAGCAGACAAAUCUAUUCGAAAAUAUAUAAGGUUACAGGUUUUACCGCCAUUAAAAGAUGUAAUGAAACGUCCAGAAGAGGGAACAACUUUAAAAGCAAAAUUAUGUAAACUUUUAACUUCUCCAAUUACCAAGUUGCGAGAUAUCGUUGCUGAAUUUCUCUUUAUACUUUGCAAGGAAAAUGUUAGCCGUAUGGUGAAGUACACUGGAUAUGGGAAUGCAGCAGGGAUGUUUGCAAAUAAGGGAUUAUUAGGUCGUAAUCAAGAGAAGAUAUCAUAUUCUGAAUCAGAAGAUAGCGAUACCGAAGAAUAUUUAAAAUAUAAAGAGCAGAUAAAUCCAGUAACUGGUUGUUAUGAAAAGAUCAAACCAAAUCUUUUAGAAGGUAUGACUGAAGAACAAAAGGAAUAUGAAGCAUUACAACUUGUCAAUCUUGUAGAUCAAUUAACGAGAGGAGGCGUAGUAAGACCUUGUAGAAUUGGAGACGACGGUAAACCAAAACCAAUAGAACAUGUUUUAGAACUACAAGAUGAGUUACAAAAACAACAAUACAGACGAGAGUCAGAUUCUGAUUAAUUAUUUAUAACUGGUAGAGAUUAAGUGUAAUUAUUAUAAAUUAUGUAUAUUACUUAUGUAAUACAUAGGAAUUUAAUAAAUGUUUAAAACAAA